UUGUUUGUAGGAUGGGCCCUGUAUGAAACGCUAGGAGCGUGAAUAUUUUAGUAGUUCGUGUUCGGGAAGGAGGAAUGGUAAAUGAAUGAGUGCACUUGCAUUUCUGGCACGGGAUCGGGAAGAAGCUGAGGCGAUAUGUUAUCUUCGAGGUUCUUGAACUAAGGAGGCUAGAACAACCUCGCCUGAUGUCUCGCCACCCUUACUAUGAGACAUUUUUCUCUAGAUGAUGAACCGCUCGGGGAGAAGAACAUCUACAUCAGCCCUGUUACUACACCAACUUCAACCGUAGACGAAGAAAAAUGUCUUGUACGCAUCCCUCUGAGAGAUGCGCGACUCCAUACCAAAGAUGUAUGGAAAUACAUCGUUCAAAAUUUGCCUUAUUUUAUGCUGGUGAUAAGUUUAGCUGAGGCGAUAAUCUAUUUUGAAUGCAAUGCCGAUAUUCGUAAGUUACUGAGAUUCGAUCCUGACAAGAAGUAUGAAAUUUGGAGGUACCUUACUUAUAUGCUGUUACAUGAGGAUGUUGUGCACCUCACGUUAAACUUAUUUCUGCAAUGCACAUUUGCCUUUUUUCUGGAGACAAAGCAAGGAAGACUGAAAGUAGCGAUAUUAUAUUUAGCUGGGGGAGUCACAGGAGUGCUUGGUGCGUCUUGCAUCAAUCCAGGAAUUUUAAUUGGCGCCUCAGCGGGAGUGUACUCUUUACUGAUUUCUCUUGUGGCCGACCUGUACUUGAAUUAUGAGAAUAUAAAGUAUAAAGCAUAUAGAGGAAUAUGCAUUUCCGUUCUCGUCUUAUCUGAUAUUACUUUCAACCUUUACCACUUUUGGUCCAGAGAAGAACCCGUUAUUUCAUGGGAAGCCCACUUGUUCGGAGGUUUAACUGGACUGAUACUUGGCCUCGCCCUAUAUGAGAAUACCAAAGGACUGCAGCAAGAAAGGAAAAAUAUAUGUUUAACAUUCAGCUCACUUCUGUACUUUCUAAUAUUCACAACCCUUGUUAUAAUAACGAUUGAUUCAGGUGCUUCAAAAUGCGCUAAUAAAAUGAAUUCUUAACAUUUUGUACAGAAUUUUUGAAAAACAUUUGUACGCUACUCAUUUUAUACAGAACAAUUUAUACAAUUUUUUAAAUAAAAUGUAAUGAACUUUGUUUA